AUCGCUGGGUGAAUUUUGAUGGAGUUGUUCGGAGUUUCUUCAAAUUAUCAUCAUUAUUUCAUCAAUCUGUGUCAUAAUUCCUAAUCUACCCUGCUCAGUGCAUAGAGGAAUAUCUAUUUAAUCCAAUUAAUUAAUAUCAGUCCACUGAAACUUAUCGAAAUGGAAAGAAAAUCGCUUUGAUGACGGCGAAUUUCCGUCAAUGAUUCGACUGAUUCAGAUUUGUGUGUGAAAAGUCCAGCCCUAAAAUAAAAACAGACAUGGCCGAUCCACUUCCAAAAGAACCGGCCGCGGAGUGCAAUAUUAAAGUGGUGUGUCGUGUGCGACCACUUAAUGAGACUGAAGAGAAGGCCGGCAGUAAAUUCGUCUUAAAAUUCCCCACAGAUGAUUCGAUAAACAUUGGUGGUAAAAUGUACCUGUUCGACCGGGUGUUGAAGCCGACAGUCACCCAGGAAUAUGUAUACGAACAGUGUGCGAAACCAAUUGUGGCAGAUGUGCUCGGCGGUUACAAUGGAACCAUCUUCGCCUAUGGUCAGACGUCCAGCGGUAAAACACAUACCAUGGAGGGACCACUUACUAGUUUUACUAAUGAGCAUGGAGUUAUCGGUAAUUCGGGUCUGCAGGGUAUCAUUCCCAGGAUCGUCGCCGAUAUCUUCGGCUAUAUCUAUCAAAUGGACGAAAACUUAGAGUUCCAUAUAAAGGUGUCCUAUUUUGAAAUUUAUCUAGACAAGAUAAGAGAUCUCUUGGAUGUAACUAAGACCAAUUUGGCGGUGCAUGAAGAUAAAAACCGAGUACCGUAUGUCAAGGGUGCGACCGAGCGUUUUGUAUCUAGUCCAGAGGAGGUUAUGGAAGUCAUCGACGAGGGGAAGUCAAACCGCCAUGUAGCCGUUACAAAUAUGAAUGAGCACAGCUCGCGUAGUCACAGCGUCUUCCUGAUCAACGUCAAGCAGGAGAACAUCGAAACGCAAAAAAAGCUGAGCGGCAAGUUGUACCUGGUUGAUUUAGCCGGUAGCGAGAGGUUGUCCAAGACAGGUGCCGAGGGCGCCGUACUCGACGAGGCCAAGAACAUCAACAAGUCCCUGUCGGCUUUAGGAAACGUUAUCGCAGCGCUUGCGGAUGGAGUUAAAUCUCAUGUGCCGUAUCGUGACAGCAAACUGACGAGAAUUUUACAAGAGAGUUUGGGAGGCAACGCUCGUACGACAAUGGUGAUCUGUUGCUCACCGGCAUCUUAUAACGAAUCUGAAACUAAGUCAACGUUAUUGUUUGGUCAGAGGGCCAAGACAAUCAAGAACAGCGUGUCGGUGAACGAGGAAUUGACGGCCGAAGAGUGGAAGAAACGAUACGAGAAGGAGAAGGACAAGAACGGUCGAUUAAAGGCCAUCUUACUGAAAUACGAGGCGGAGUUGAACAGGUGGCGUGCUGGCGACGCCGUGCCAUCGGACGAGCAGGCGAGUGCUGCUGCCGCUUCGGCUGCUGCAGCCGAUGCCCCUGCCCCCACGCUACAGCUGCCGCCUAGUUUGACCGCUUCCACGACGACCAUCUCGGAGGAAGAGAAGGCUGAGUUUGAGAAGGAACGCCAAGCGAUGUAUCUGCAGCUCGAUGAAAAGGAUGAGGAGAUCAACAGCCAGUGCCAACUGAUCGAACGUCUGAAGGAACAGAUGCUGGAGCAGGAAGAUCUCCUGUCCACCAGACGGCGUGACUUCGAGAACGUUCAGAUGGAGAUGGCGCGUAUGCAGGCCGAGAACGACUCCGCCAAGGAUGAAGUGAAGGAGGUCCUGCAGGCACUCGAGGAGCUCGCCAUGAACUACGACCAAAAGGCCCAGGAGGUCGACACCAAGAAUAAGGAGAAUGACACACUUUCUGAUCAACUUAGCCACAAAUUGGGUCUCCUGAACUCAGUUGAAAGUGAGCUGCAGUCUCUGAGAGAGAGCAGCUCCAACCAGAAGAAGCGUCUUGCCGACAUGAUGGUCACUCUCCUGAAGGAUCUCGGCGACAUCGGGACGGUCAUCGCAGGCCAGAACUCCGAUCUCAAACACCUCGGCGGCUCCACCACGGAGAAGGUCGAGGAGGAGUUCACCGUGGCGCGUCUGUACGUCAGUAAGAUGAAGUCGGAGGUGAAGACCCUCGUGCAGCGAUGCGAGCAGCUUGAGACGUUUCAGACGGAGAAUAACAAGAAGUUGGGCGAGAGAGAGAAGGAGUUGUCCGAAGUGAGGCUUCUCUCUCAGCAGUAUGAGGCUAAGAUUCGCUCGCUGAAUGAUUCUCUGCGAGACGUGGAGACCAAGAAGAGGACCCUUGAGGAAUCGAUUGAUACCCUGAAUGAGGAGUGUGCCCGGCUAAGGGCUCAAGAGCAACUGCACCUGACCACGCUCUCCGAGCGAGAGAAGGAGACGUCGGACAAGAUCCAUUCGGCCAACGCGCUCCGGGACGCCAUCGAAGGUGAGAUGACGGGCCACAGGGAUCAGCACCAGAAGCAGGUCAACGCUCUCCGCGACGAAAUCAACGAGAAGCAGAGCAAGAUUGAUGAACUGAAGGAUCAGACGCAGAAGGUUGCCCUGGCGCAGGAGAACCUCCAGUCCGAGUAUGACAAACUCAAGCAAGAGGAGGAGCAGAAGUCGGCGCGGCUCCAGGAACUCUCGCUGCAGAUCGACAGACGUGAACAGGCCAAGCAAGACCUCAAGGGUCUCGAGGAAACUGUGGCCAAGGAACUACAGACGCUCCACAACCUUAGGAAACUCUUUGUUCAGGACUUACAGUCUCGAGUCAAGAAGUCGGCCAAUAAGAAUGAAGAUGAGGAGACCGAGACUGGUGGCAGCGCGGCUCAGAAGCAGAAGAUCUCAUUCCUGGAGAAUAACCUUGAUCAACUGACCAAAGUUCACAAACAGCUUGUACGUGACAACGCCGACCUGCGCUGUGAGCUGCCCAAGCUUGAGAAACGCCUCCGCGCCACGAUGGAGCGUGUCAAGUCGCUGGAGACUGCCCUGAAGGAAGCCAAGGAGGGAGCCAUGAGGGAUAGGAAAAGUAUGAAUGGAACUGCCAAUAGUACAAAAAAUGGAUAUUUACAAAUCUACUCGGUAUAUCAACACGAGGUUGACCGAAUCAAGGAGGCUGUCCGCCAAAAGAAUCUCGCCCGGCGUGGCCAUGCCGCACAAAUUGCCAAGCCUAUCCGCGCCGGUCACCAUCCGGCAGCCCAUACUGCGCCGGUGGCAAUCCGGGGAGGCAGUGGAACCGCGCAGAACGGGACACAAAACAACUUUAGUCAGCGCUCUGACGGCCCACCAGUCAGAAGACUUCCCACGACCCCUACAGAUGGAUGUGAAUCUGCUGACUCGAUGGACUCGAUCGGGUGGAUGUUGUAGGUAAAUCAUAGAUGACGCCACCGUGAUUUUCACAGACGUCGAUGGUAAAUCAUGACAUUAUAUCGCGAUCAUCUUGUCAUCAAUUAUGGAGUGUUCAUCAUGGAGAACGUCGCAUUUUCAAUAUCGGUCGGUUGAAAACGUCCACCUUUGGUCCCAUUGGCCAAAGCUGCCCCACGUGGAGGAAUUUUUCGGCAAUUGAGACCAUGAGAAGUAGCUCAUCUAUGGAAAGUCUUGAUUUUGUUGUCGCAUUUUUCAUCUUGAGAGGUCAGGAAGUUGUUCGACCCACAUUGGCUGAGCUACCCAUAGCCAACGCUUUAGACUGAUUCCACUGCAGUGGCAAACCGCUCUUGUGGAAUCAGGCCUCAACCGAUUUGUCCACAGAUUAAGGUCAAAAGAACUUCGCGUCAUGGCCAUAUUCAUCUUUUAAUAGGAUAACGUGAUAUAUGUAGCUUUCAGUUGUAAAUUGCGGGUUGCAAGUUUGACCAUUUUCAGUUUGUGCAUUUCAAAAUUUGGCAAAGAAAGGUGUUGUACAAAUUCGUUAUAGGGUUAGAAUCACAGGACUAAUUGGCUUAUUGUAUAAUCAGUAUAGAGCUGUGUAUAUUCAAAUUGUGGCUUCUAGCAGUUCUACUGUGUUACUAAAAAUAGGUCUCAGAUACCCCGUACUGUGAAUCCGCUUAUUUUCGCGGCCCCAUAUAUUUGCGAAAGCAUCCUUUUCGGAUUUUGCACCAAGUCAUUUCUGUGAAUUUGUCCAUUUUCCAAUGAUAAAACCAUCAAGUUAAACAUUUUGUAACCCCUCUCGCGAACAUAUCAGGCUCGCGAAAAUAAUGGGUUCACAGUAUCAUGCAUAUAUUGUUAGAGUGCUAAACCUAGUUGUUUAGAAUAGGCUUUGUGCCAGGCCUGCUAGGAAGUUUUUAGUGAGGUGGUCAUGCCUCUUGGGUCCUUGGAGUCCAUGUCAGGAAUGGGGAGACACAACCAACACUCUCAACCCUCGAUAAAUUUGUCCUGUUUCCAGAAAAGAGAGCUGGGGAAGCAUCCAAAUGUAUCAUAAGUCCUUUGAAGCUAGUCACAGCCUUCUGUUGUCAUAAUAGGAGUUGUCUUUCUCACCAGGGGGCGUGACUUUAGGGACGAAAUUAGCAUUGUCUUGAUAUUCAUGAUGCUUAAUUAUGCAAAGGUAGCGAUAUAACUGUUGUCUCAAUUUCGUAUGACAUGUUCUAAAGUGUUAAAAAUACGCUGCAAAUAUGACGCUUGGUGUCUUAUACAAUGAAAUAGUGUUACUUCCAUGGAAUGACUGGUCGCGUUGAUGUCAUUGGUUGCGUUAUGUCAUGACCUGUAACAAACAUGCGUCGAUGCUUUCUUCUUGAUAUUUUCUUGAAAUUUCUUCCUCGUAACCGUGACGACGACGCUGAUGACGCUUGUCUCCUCGAACGCCAAGUCUCGAGCAACAUCAACAUACUUCAGAUCAUUUCCACGAAAGUGGCGGCAGAUUUUGCCCGAGGAGCGUAUUCUAAUUGCCAAUCAGCACGUCAGCAUCAAAAGUUCAUCUAAAAUUUCUGUGCAAAAAUUAGCGGUAUAGUUAAUUGCCUGACAAAGCGUGUGUCUUCUUCGUCAUUACAACUUGGAAUUGAAUUUCCGGCUGAAUUUCCCCAAGGUGUAUCCAUUAAAGCGUGUUGCAAACGUCCAAUUUCAAUCGCUGCAACCUGCGAUUACGAUCGUGUGCAACUAAAAUUGCUUGUGUACGUUGGUCUUCGCCGGCAGGUGCUGGCAUUUGCAGCAACUUGCAAUCUGUAUCGAACCCAGCGGUUAACGGUUUUCCCAGCAGACAAAAGAUAUUUUUGUUGCACAUAGUUGUGAUUAUAAUUGCGUGUCGCAGUGAUUAAAGUCCUCUUGUUUGCACUGCGCUUUAUUUAACUUGUGUAGCUUGGUGUUUGGUGUUGCUUUAACUGCCUAGUUGGAUGAAAAACUUGAGUGACUGUAAAACCAUAGGAGUCAAGAUGGGCUAGCCUAACCCCCAAGCACAAUCAUUCCAACAUCAGCAGCCUAUAGACAAUGCUUUAUUGAGAGUCCGGAAUAUGUCAUUUAGAGUAGGACUAAGGAGCCAUCUUUUCCUUCUCAACAAACGUCACUCAGUACGGUGCGUUAGAUUAAGCAUAGGGGGCGUUGAUGGUUGGCAUAUCAGAAACUGUGUCGUUCUCAGCUAUUUUAGUCUCCAAACAUACAAUCUCAUGAAAUUGAUUGUGCAUGUACAAUAAGAUCAAAUGUCAACAGGUUAAAAUUGAGUUGAAUGUCACUGGUUAUCGAACGGCUAAAUUAUUCGAAUGAUGUUUUAAAAUAGAUGAAACUGUUGCCGUCGGCCAGUUAAUGCAUAAUGAAGCGUGUUCAGGUUUUCAAUGGAUAGGUUUUCCCCUAUGCAGUGAUGUAGGUGUUUGAACUUUCGAGAAACCUUGCUCUGAGAGUAAGGUCGGUGAUGCUGCACCAAUGUGUCUGUGUUACUUCAAGUUGACUGUGCAUUUUUCACCCUUAAAGGUCAACUCCAUUUUUUUCAAAAAUUGUGAAAUUGAACUUGAAUUGAAAGCGUCCAAUUGUGUAAAUCCAUACUGAUGUAACCUUCUCCAGUGCCAUUGUAUAGAGGUUCUUCACAGGACGUUUUGACGGCCAUCUGCCAAUGCAAUUCCUUUACGUCGUGACCACAUGUGACGGCCAAUAUGGCAGUGCAAAACAAUUGGCAACGUCCUCAUGUGACGUCAGUGAAGAACCUCUAUAGACGGAUAUACAAAUAUUAUGAAUGCCAAAUUUCAGCAAAUUUGCCUGCAUAAUUACUGAAAUAUGGUAAUGUUCAUUUCUGUUUACCUUGGCAGAGGAAAGCCACAGGAAAAUAAAAUGAAAAUAAACGAUGAAGGCCUGACAUUUGGGUUUCUGUAGGAAAUUACAAUAACGUCAAACUUACACCAAAAAAAAGUUUGAUGAUGACAGAUGACACCAAUGGUAUGAUCACAAUGAGCUGAUUGACACCCCGCCCUUUCCAAUUAAUGGUCAUGACCGAAGCUUUUGCCAGUUCUCAAGUUUAGGAUUCGUGUGUGCUGCAUUUAGUAAUAGACGUCAUCAAAGGUACAUGAUGUAAUAUAAGACUUGAUCUAAGACAGACAUGUGGUCAGCCUUUCGAACCUGAGUGACAAAAUAGGACAAAUCGCUACCAAAUCCCUCGGGGGUCAAAGGUGACAAAGGAACACGUUACCAUGACAACUGUUGGCUGAUGACGUCUGCUUUUGUCUUUGAUAUGAUUAACUUGUGAAGUUCUCGUCAUCUCGACAGCGUACUUGUCCCUCUGAUCUAAUUGGCUCGUUCCUUUGGAUUAAAUGCUUGUGCGUUCGGUCCCUUGAUGUGAAAAGUUUGAAACUAGGCUUAAUUGUUAAGGAACCUACGUGAGGUAAUGAUGAGGCAAUCACAAUUGCCUUUUGAUGGUAUAGGAACCAAUGUGAGGCAGUGAUAGGUAAUGAUAAGGCAACAUAAAGGCAAUUACAAUUGCCUCCCAAUGGUAAGGCAGGCUAUGUUAGAGAGUCAAUGAUGAAAAAUAGGAGCCCCGCAGGAAAUCGGUCUAAGUGUAAUGAGUUUCCAGUGUUCCUAGUGACCCCCUGGGGGAGUUUGGUACCACGUUAAUGGGUUAUUUUGAGAAUACUCUAGAAUUCCUCUCCGUCAUGCUGGGUCGUGUGUUGAUCUAUACUUUGACCGCCUUUGAUCAAACAGGUCCCGCCAGUUGAAUGUUUAUAAUUCAUGUUUCUCAUAGUUGGGGCCAUUUUUUGUGCCAGACUUCACCGUUUAUCCUUUAUUUUGAUUAUUGUACGUUUUAUUAUUUGCAAGUUUAAAAACGAUGUCACUCCAUAAUUUGUAUAUUGACGAUUAGAGCUCCCUCUUGCAAGCCUUACCCUUGAAGGGUCACAGUGCUAGAAAUGGUUUAUCGGGAUGUCGUGAUUAUGUGGCUGUUGCAGACUUUGCCUGCUGGAUCGAUGAACGAACACACACUGUAAUCUGGUUAAUAUUUGCGGGCGUCUGGGAUCAUUGUCAGGACGUUAAACGUUCAUGACCAACAGUUUCAACCAUUCUAUUAACCCGCCACAGAGCUUUUCCAAUAGAUGGUGCUGUGAAAGAGUACAUUGCUCCACCAACGCUCCAAUUUCAUAGAUUCAUUCAUCGAUGUAUUAUUUGAAUCGCUUCUGGUGGUUGUAUAUAGGUUCUUAGAGCAGGACAUUAUCAGUGCAUUGUUUCACACCUAGGUGGCACCAGCAGUGGUUUGACGCUUUGUAGUUAUGUAACCUAUUGUGGCGAACGUUAAUUUAUUUCUCUCAGGAGUCGGAGAUGCAUUUUUAGGCUAGACUCCCAACCCGCUCAAUUCGCAUCAAACUGGACGGAGACUUUUCAUACAGAGUUAGAAUUUUCGGGACAUGUUAGUCUGGCAUUUUUUCGUUUGCGAAUAAGUCAGCCUGUUGCGAAUAGAGUGGUUUGGGGGCGCUGGUGAUAACGCUCCAAUCUUGUUUUGGCGAUGGUUUAUUUACAAAUGCCUCGGUGUAGUGUGUAUAGUCGCGUAGUAAGGCAGUUAGCCGCCGAAAUGGAUUAUGUGGUAUAUGUAUAAAUAGUCACAUGAUACUAAUUAUAAUGAUGUUGACGACUUGUGCCAACUAUUAAUGGCCUCGUCGAUGCUUGUGGUCGUGUCAAUACAUUCGUGUGUUAGCUUGACUGUCACUUUCGCAAUGUCGAUAAUUCAUAAUCAGCGCAGUGCCAAAAAUUUUUAUCUAGCCCUAUUGCAUUCCCCAAAAAGGAAAACAGCAUACUUAUCUUAAUUCCCAACAUUGUCACCCAUGAAGUUAUACCCCCCCACCCCCCCCCCUUGCACGAAUCGAUAAAUUUUUUUGGCACCUGUGCAGAUUAUGAAUAGUAGAUGAACCUUUCAUAGCGAGCGUCUAUUAAGCCUUGGUGACAGUCACUUCACAAUACAAGAAUUGCUUGUAACAUUUUUGGAUGUAAAUUACCAUUCAUGAGGAUAUCUGCUUGUAUUAUACCUUGGGAACUCGGAUUCAACUUGACUUUUUGCAUGGGCAGGUUGUGCAAGUACAGUGGUGGGCCCCCAAAAAUCUUCAAAUUGGAUAAUUAGCACCGACUUCAGAACGCGGGAACAAAAUAGAUUUUUGGGGGAACUACUGUAAUGUAUCAAUUAAGUUGCCUUCAGGGAUGAAAUCUGGAAGGAGAAAGGCUCCGUGGUGCCAGCAGACCUGUUGUCUGUUGGCUUGGGCCGGCCGUUAACAUAUCAGGGGAUGUUCGCAGGAUUCUUUAAGCUCGGCCAGGUCGUGGCAUUUUCCUCGACAUGUAAAUUCACUGAAUCUCUCUUGUGGUGCAAGUGUACUGUCAUGACUGCUCUCGUUGGAGCGCAUCUUGGAUAAGGUGACUCUAAAAUCAUUUGGUAAAUGAGCUUUUCUGCAUCGUUCCCAUUAGUGUCAAUAUCAGAGCUGAAAGUGUUAAUAUGGCUUGGAGAGGACGACUUGAAAUUGUGUGUAUAGAUGUUUUUGCUUUUAUCAUCACGAUCAUUGACAAAUAUGAAUGUUCAAGUUGGAAAAAAAAUAGAAAAAUUUAAGCUAGGAAAUCUUUUGUACUUUUGUCACUUCGGUCUUUAGGGAAAAUUCUUUCCUGGCUUCACCUUAUCAUAACUGGACAGACAUGUACAUUUACGUGUACAUUGUACAUCCUUGUUUCGUAGGACACAACGUAGACGGAACUAUAACAUAGAUAUUUCAUGUCGAUUCCACUUUAUUUGUGCCCAAUAUUAUUAUAUUCACAUACAUUUCACAUACAUGUUAGGAGAUGAAAACUGAUUGUCUGUAAGCACUACUGGUAUCAAAAAUAGAACAAGUGAGCAGCUAAAAAGCUUGCCUAUCCAUAAUAUUGCUUGCUCGUCCCUUAUCAGUACUAAAUGUCUUUUGUUUUGGGUCUUAUAUGUUCACAUGGAGGACUGCUCCUAUCCUCGUAACAUGGGUGUAGGCCGCAGUUACAUAGAAUAGAAUAGAGUAUUUAUUGCAAUUCCUAAUCACAGACAGGGAUAGAUCCAGGAGCCAGAAAAAGAGGGGGUGUGCACUGCACUUCUCAUUAAAUUUUUUGAUGUGAUCCAAAAUUCCAAAAUAUAAUGGUGAUAUUCAAAGGAGGGGGCGUGCAUCUGGUGCACCCCUCCCCUCUGGAUACGGCCGGCUCUUCUUGAAGGCAUCUCCCAAUGUGUAGCAGGUAGACAUUGACUUUCUAUACUGCAGCGUAAUUGGCAUUUCCUCAUUAUAACUUUAGUUGGGGUAUUACUGAGUUGUCAAGGACUAAGGUUACAUCAGUCUACACCCAAGGGAAGCCUCAAAUGCGAGUUUACAGUACACCUGUGAAGAAGCAGUGCUACACUCUAUAAAGUCAUGACUGCUCCUGACUGGUUUUACAGUAGUGUUACACUCACAAAUUUCUUGACUGCUCCUGACUUACUUUACAGUAAAAGAUUACUUGUUGUUAGCUUAUGCCGCGGAUGUGUAAAAAAGUAAUAUGACCACAGAAUUGUAUAACUAGUGAGGUAAAAUUGUUUGGGAGUUUGUUAUUUGGUAAGAAAUUGUGAUUGGUCAUUCACAUGAAAGGAUGCAGUCGAUGAUACAUUUAUUUGCCUAAUUGUAGCGGGAUGUUGUUAUCUAAAUAUGUAGCAUCAGGUCCAAUCAUUUGGUAACUUUGCAAAAAUAUUUCAGUUUCAGUACCGGUACUCUUUAGUACUCCAAUACCACUAUCAUCAGUUGAUACCAGUGUAUGUAGUAUGUAGUAUGCAGCACUUUAUUUGGGUUGGUUUCUCACGCUGAUUUCAAGAAUGUAAGACAAGUUCCUCAUUUGAUUCAAUUACUGACUUCUAGUCACAGGUUAACAGUUCGGAAGGGGAUCGUUUUCCAUACUUCAAUUUGAUGGAUGGUAAAUUGUCCCCUUCCUGACUGGUUUAGGCGAUAUUGUAGGAUACAAUGCAUGGAUUAUUGUAGUAUCUUGACUUGUACAACUGUAUUCACUAGAAAAAUCAUAACUUUAAUAACAUUGGGCACUGAAUUCGAGUCCUAAUUGUCAUCAGUAAUUGUCAUUAUGAAAUAAAGUUAUGCUGCUUCAUUAAA